UCUUAACUAAGAACAUCAAAAUGGCGUCUCCCAUCACUCGUGCCAUCUGAUGACGCACUCUGCAGUGCCAACUAGUAGUUUUGGCGCGUUCAAAAUAACUGGGAACUCGGACACUUACGAAAUCAUGACGUCGGGCUCUAGAAAGAGGCCCGAGGUUGAAUUCAAAUCGAUCUUUCACCGUCGGAGCGCGCGUUUGUUCUCCCGAUUUCCCAGUUGUUGCGAUCGCGGCAUGAAUGACGCUUUCAAGAUAACUGCGAACUUGGAAACGAGGUCGGAUCAUGACGUCAAUGCUCUUCAGUCGGAACUCUAGAAAGAUGCCCGAGAUUCCGAGUUGGAUGACCCUAAAUUAUAUUUACCAGUCGGAACUCGGUUUUUCUGAGUUGCUAGUUGUUCUGGACGGCCUGAAGUCGGAGAUUUCCGAGUUCCCAGUUGUUUUGAAUUCUGCAUACGCUAGCUUCAUCAGUCAGGCUUUCUGGGUGCUAAUCUACCCCAACUUCGUUUGUAUAUCGAAGUGAAAGAAUGUGUCGUUAAAUAUAUUAACUAGUUAACGGUAAAGCAAAAUCAAUUGGCUGGCUAGCGUAGCUAGUUAACAAACCCAAUGACAUGUGAGAUUAACUGCUCUAGUCGUGAAGAUGGCUAGCUCCGUAGGUUAGAGUAAUUUUUGAUGCCGAAUUUGAUGUCUUCAACUCGUGACUUGACCACCUCGAUAUGGUAAUGCCUGGUCGGGAUUGGAGGACAAUGAGCUAAAUGUCAGACUGCCUUUUCGUCUUGUCUGUAAUUGUCAAAGAGCUGUUGUGCAGCUGUUGGAACCUGUGUGGGGGAAACCUAGUCUACAAGCAAGGGGCUUGCGGCCACUUUGGCAAAAUAUUUUUCAUGUCAGAGACGGGGGACGCUUGCAGUCGUUUAUGUCAUCCUCUGUUUUCCAGACAGAAGAUCCCGAAACAUCUCCAUUCAAUAUAUUUUUUAUCUUACUGAAAGUGCUAGUAGCCAGCCAAAAUGUCUGUUAAUGUCAACCGCAGUGUGGCAGACCAGUUCUAUCGCUACAAGAUGCCCCGUCUGAUUGCUAAGGUUGAGGGCAAAGGAAAUGGAAUCAAGACUGUCAUUGUCAACAUGACUGAUGUUGCAAAGGCACUGAGUAGGCCUCCAACAUAUCCGACCAAGUUUUUUGGUUGUGAGCUUGGUGCUCAGACUCAGUUUGAUGCAAAGAAUGACCGCUUCAUCGUAAACGGAUCCCAUGAAGCAAACAAGUUGCAGGACAUGCUAGAUGUAUUUAUCCGGAAAUUUGUGCUGUGUCCUGAGUGUGAUAACCCUGAAACUGAUCUGCAUAUCAAUCCUAAGAAACAAACAAUCGGUAACUCCUGUAAGGCCUGUGGGUACCGCGGCAUGCUAGACACACGACACAAGCUCUGCACAUUCAUCCUCAAAAACCCACCAGAAAAUGAACCUGGGUCUGUGGAGAAGAAGAAAGAUAAGAAGAACCGUAAGAAGGACAAGGAGAAUGGCUCUGGCAGCGUUGAGGCUGGGAACCAUAACGACAUAGAUGCCCCUGAUGCCGUAGAUGGUGAAGAUGAUGAGGAUUGGGCAGAGGAGACCACGGAGGAGGCACAGAGACGAAGGAUGGAGGAGAUCAGCUCCCAUGCAAAGAACCUGACCCUCAGUGAGGACCUGGAGAAGACCCUGGAGGAGCGGGUCAACAUAUUCUAUAAUUUUGUCAAACAAAAAAGGGAGGACUGCGCUGUUGAUGCAGCAGAUAAGGAGAUCUUGGCGGAGGCAGAGCGUCUGGAUGUGAUGGCUAUGGGACCGCUGAUUCUGAGCGAACUACUGUUUGACGAAAACAUCCGUGACCAGAUCAAGAAAUACAAGCGCCAUUUCCUUCGCUUCUGUGUGAAUAACAAGAAGGCCCAGAAGUACCUCCUGGGAGGCUUUGAGUGCUUGGUGAAGCUGCACCAAGCAAAACUGCUGCCCCGUGUGCCUGUCGUGCUCAAAGACCUGUAUGAUGCUGAUCUAGUGGAGGAGGAUGUCAUACUGUCCUGGGCAGAGAAGGUGUCCAAGAAGUAUGUCUCUAAGGAACUUGCCAAAGAGAUCCAUGCGAGGGCGUCUCCUUUCAUCAGGUGGCUGAAGGAGGCAGAGGAAGAGAGUGCGGGCAGCGAGGUAGAGGAGGAAGAGGAUGAUGAAAAUGUGGAGGUUGUGUAUGAUUCUUCUGCUCGGGAACUGAAAGUGGAGACAGUAAAACUGAACAAGCCUGACGAGGAAGAGGACGACUUCGAUAUUGAUGCAAUUUAAACAAGGAUGCCAUUUUUGAGAAGUUGUAGCUUUGAAUCACAUUUUCUCAUCUUGUCAAAUCACCAGCCCUCCUUUCCUUUUCUCACAACCUCACUGCUUCCUGGCAUGAUUAACAUGGCGCUAUGCACAUUUCCUCUGUAAUUUUGAGAUGUAUCCGAUCUGAGUUAUGGGUGGGUUUUGGGGGAAUUACUUGACUGGCAUGAAUUUCUUCCCUUUUUUUGUCAUUAAAUGUUUUACUGUCCACAACUGUAUUUUGUUCCAAUUGAAUUAUUAGAUGGUAUUCUUGAUAUUGUCAGAUCUGUGGUAUGUGUAAACUGUGCCCAACCUCUAUGGAUGUCACUCAGUACUCCACACACUUGUGGUAUUCCCCCUCUUGACAAGUCAGCAGUGCCAUCGCAGCAUACUUUUGAAUUGAUACAGCUUUUUGGAAUAUUGAGAGCACAGAAAACAACACUGAAAUAUAUGACGCUCAUCAGGGUGACUCAACCCCCCCCCCCCCCCCCCCCCCCCUGAUUAGUAUUCAGUAUAUUGCAUCAGUAUCUAUUAUUAUAGGCCUACUUCACUUGGAUGAGGAAAAUAUACACUGAACAAAAAUAAAAACGCAACAUGUAAAGCGUUGGUUUCAUGAGCUGAAAUAAAAUAUCCCUUACAUUUUCA